CUCUAUCCCCCGAUAUCUCUUUCUCCUCCCUUAGAUUGCCAGCGCCGGAGACUUCAUCUCCGGCCACCGCCUCUUAUCACCACCCACACCAAACGACACCGAGCCUAACCUGUUCAAAGCCCAACCCGUUUGACGGUAGGAAACGCAUCUAGCCACCUUAUGCGACCACCCAAGCCCGGCUGCCUUUGCCCAGCCAAAGCUCACUUCCGGUCAUCUUCCUCCCUCGUCGCCGUCACCAUCGAGCCCAAAGGAGGCCAGGCGUUACAACCCAGGUGCCUCGACUUCCAACGACCACCAUGGGUGAGAUCAACAUCGCCUCCAACGCCUAGAACGCCGCUGCACGUGCCGUCGCCAGCUAAGGUAUAUGGACAACAAGCUUCAAUUGGACAAGUGAGUUAUUGCAGUCAAAUGCAUUGCAUGAAGGUUUACAUGAAGAAGAAAUUAAUGAUGGAUCGUAGUGUAUGGAUUGCUGAAGCAUUGGGGUUGCAUGUAGAAGAGGAGAAGUGGCUGCAUCAUGAACAACUUGAGAUGAUGCACAUUCAACAGCAGUUUUCUGCUUCUUACGACCCGGAGUUGCACUUGUUGGCUGGAGGACCCCAAAGCCACAGAGUUCGUGCUGGAUGUUUUGUGAACGGUGUUAAGUUUGUAACGUCAAAACGAGAUGAAGGCCAUGUCACCCAAAACAAUGGAGUCAUGGUUGAGGGUCUGGGUUUCAACUACUACGGGGUUCUUGUCAGUGUCAUCGAACUAAUCUACGGCAACCGUAUGUUAGUCAUGUUAUUCAAGUGCAAAUGGUUCAAUACUGACCCAACUAGACGGAGGAGUACAAUUCUGGAUCGUGGCUUGGUAUCAGUGGACUCAAAUAGUGUAUGGUAUGAGAAUGAGCUGUUUAUUCUUGCCACCAUGGCGAAACAAGUGUUUUAUGUUGAUGAUCCGGCUAUGGGUGAGGGUUGGAAAGUGGUGCAGGUGAUGUCACAUCGGAAUAUUUUGAGUACACUGAGAGGGGAUGAUGAGAGUGGGCCCAGUGAACCAAUAACAACUGAUCAGCCGAAUGAACCAUAUCAAGAGGAUUCUCCACAUGUAGUCCCUGAUACUGAGGACAUUCGUGUCAACAACCAACACGUUCUGGCUAUCAUAGGUUACCUUCCAGUUACACCAUCUGAACUGAACUCGCUACAACCUCGCAUCCCCAAUCAUGAUGACGACGGCUUCAUAGAUGACGAAUACAUAGAGGAUGAUGAGUAUUCUGACCAAACUGAGAAGUCUAAUGAUUCAGACGACUCAGAUUAUCAUGAGUACGAUUAG